AUGUCCAGCUCGGCCACCUUGAUUGAGGUUCCUGUCGACGGCAAGCCAGUCAUGGCGCUUCUUCUCUCGCACGAAUUGGGCCAACGAAUGUUUAAAUCUGUGGAGCUACAACUCGAAUUUGGAGCACUCGAAGAUCGGUCUAAAGAGGAGAUCCCAGCGAUUGAUCACAAAAUAUUUCACCUCCAACAGAUAGUCGAUUCCACAAAGUCGGGUCUAGCAAGUGUCGAACGCAUCCAACUUGGCUUAGUGAAGCAGCAAGACCCUAAAGUUGUCGCAAUGCAAUCAAAGGCAAGAGAGGAACUACUCAAGGAUGAGGAGGAGCUAUCGCUGCUCCAAGAGGAAAAGGCAGAGCUAGAGCGCAAGGUUCACGACGCGAACGAGGAAUGGUAUAAAUUGGCGUGGAAUGUAUGUGUUCACCACCAUAUUGCUUUCAUCAAAGCAGGAUUCAAAGGAGAAGAUGGGGACAGCGAAGAUGGAGAAACAUCGAGCGCGGAGUCUGAACCAGGUGAAGAAGCCAGUGGCGCAAAGGAGUCGGAAAGGAAAUCUAGUCCAACGGCAGCGAAAGAUGCACUGCAGCCGGUGGCUGGAAACGAGAUGGCUAUGGUGCUGUACACCGGUAACAAAGCAAAGCAGGAUACCACAACCCGGAAUGCGGACGUUCCCCAAAGCAAGCCCCCUGAUCUCACCAUGACUCGAUUCACAGCAGAGGAUGAGAUAAGACUCAAACUCCUCGCAGCAAAGAAGGCUUUUAGCGAAGCUGACCACGCACACGAUAAACACCGAAAAUGCUACGAACUUACAUUCCUUAGAUACUGCGCACAGUACCCGACCAAACCCGAGGCUGAACUUGCCGCUCAAUUUCCCCGCUUCUUCAUCAAAAAGGGACAAGAGCUCAUAAACGCAUUACGUGUUGCGGAGAAAGCAUACCAUGAGGCAGAGAAACGCGCCAUGGAUGUGAACGUUUUCACCAUUCCGGACGAACUUAUCGAAGCAAAUGUUAACCCAUAUUUGGAUAUCGAUGAUCUGGAGGCGAUGAUGAAGCCAUGGAAUGAUAAAGACCGGGCGCGCAUUUACAAUUGGCGGCAUGUCGAGGCGGGUGUUCUUACUCCGCCGUCUAUUCAUACGAUAGAUACGUUCUAUGACGCGAGUUCUAGUGGCGAUGACGACGGUACUGGGAGUAUUGCGAGCGCGCAAGGCGCCGAGGUUCAAAGAAUAGAAGCCGCUCAACCGUCGGCACCAUCCGCGAACAACAAUGUCGACACCAACGUAGCAACACCGGCGCAAGAUGAGACCGAGCCUCGUCCCGAGGAGGAUGACAUCCCAGAGGGAGUAGUCCUAUUGACCAAGCCCAAUGCAAGUCAGAACUCCUACUCGUCUACCGAAUUAGCGUCAACAAUAGAUGGCGCAGCUCCAGCUUCUUCCUCCGGGGUGGAAAAGCGCAAGUUCUGGGGUCAGGUACAUGGACAUGAUAGCUUUAGUGUUGCCGAUAUGCGGAAUAAACGACAAAAGAUAGAUAGAUGGCAGCGGGAUUGCGCGCGGUGGAGGGCUAGUAAUGUACAUUUCGAAUGA